AUGUAUGGUUAUAGCCAAGGGAACUAUGGAAGUUACGGAUCGGCAUACACAGCUGCCGCAGCAGCUGCAGCUGUAUACGGAAACCUUGGCGUAGGGCAAUCUACUCAGGCUCAGCAACAAUCGAGCAGUGUUUUCGGAUCUUCUACAACUAAUCCCUAUGCCACCUACAGUAAUUCUGUUGCUGCAUCAUAUGGGUACGGAAGUCAGUCGACAAAUGCUGCCUCGGUUUACGCAGCUCAGGCUGCUCAGGCACAAGUGCAAGCUUCACAAGUUAGUCGUUUGUCCGCUGACGCAGCUUACGCAGCUGCUGCUGGUGUUGCACCAAGUCAAUAUUCAGCGUUUGGUACUGGACAACUCGCAGUUUCAGGAUUUGGAUCAGCACAAGCGAAUGCAGGAGCCACCGUCGGAUAUGGAAGACCAUCCGCAACAGCUUCGAAUCAAGCUGCCAAAUCUCUUGCCGCUCUUACUAAUUCAAGUAAUAAAUCUGCACUUGCAGUUAAUUCGUCUAGCACCUAUUCGAAUUACGAUGCUGCUGUCUAUGCCGCAGCCUCUUCGUAUCUACACUCCAAAGCAACGGGAACGACAAAUAUGUGGAUGAGUAAGAAACCCGGUGGCGCAGGACGAGGUGGAGGUUUUGCGAACAAACGCUUCGGUGCAGGUGGAGGAACGCAGAAAGAAGCUCAACAGUUCUACUGUGAAGUGUGCAAGAUUUCUUGUGCAGGACAGCUGACCUACAAAGAGCACUUGGAGGGUCAACGUCAUAAGAAAAAGGAAGCUUUGGCGAAAGGAGAAAAUAAUCCGAGUCUGCCUAAGAGUAAGGUGUCGUUCCGUUGCGAUCUCUGCAAUGUCACAUGUACGGGACAGGAUACGUAUAAUGCUCAUGUAAGAGGAGCUAAACAUCAGAAGACGCUUACACUAUGUAAGAAACUAGGAAAACCGAUCCCAUCUACUGAACCCACUAUUAUUCCACCAUCGGAGAUGGGUGGUGUCAUUCCUCCUCCUCCCACUGCUACUACUACUGCAGCAGCUGCUGCUGGUGCUAACAAUUCAGCAAAGAGGGUAGUGGGCAUUUCCACUGUUAGCUUCGUAGCUGGCGCAAAACUGUCAUCUACUGCUGGACAGCUUGAAGCAAAAAAGCAACAAGUUAUGCAAGCAGUUGGUAGCGCAGGUGCGAAACCGGCAGACGAUUCAACGGUGCAAGCAAUCAAAGGGCAAACUGAAGAACUACAAGCGCUUAUCGCGGCGGAACAAAAUUUGAAGCCGGUCGGUGAAGAAUUCGUAGAGGCGCAACGUGAUGCAACUGGCAAGCUCCUUCAGUACCUGUGCAAGCUAUGCGAUUGUAAAUUCAGUGAUCCCAACGCGAAAGAAAUACAUCUUAAAGGAAGGAGACAUCGUUUGCAGUACAAAAUGAAGGUUGAUCCUAAUUUGGAAGUUGAGGUUAAACAAGCUUCUAAUAAACGCGGAGCCAAGUAUGAACGAGGUCGAGGUCCUAUGGGAGUGAUACCACGUGGACCUCCAGCGACAGGUAUGGUUAUGCAACGAGGACCGUUUGGCCCAGCCGCUCCUGGUAUUCGUGGUCCUUGGUUUGGGAAUGGACCAAUAGAUGGUAGACGAUUUGAAACUACUGAUGAUCGCCAUGUUCAGGCAAAACACACAUCAAUUUAUCCUGAUGAUGAACAGCUAACUGUAAUUGAGCGGCUAGUGACAGAAACAGAGAAGGCACUGAAAAAAGUGUCUGACUAUUUCAACGAGCGUGAUCAGCUGGACACGAAGCCGCAGGUCAAGACCCCAACCGCUGGAGAAGGUGCGAAAGAUACAGUUUCACAGGAAAAAGAUCGUUUGCUGAAAGGAGUAAUGCGUGUUGGCAUGCUUUCUAAAGGGCUCCUGCUCAAAGACGAUACAGAGGUUCAUCUUGUUGUGUUGUGUUCACAUAUUCCCGGCUUGUCUCUUCUUAAAGAAGUCGCUACUCUCAUUCCUAAGUACUACGAGAGCCCAGAAGGAUCUUCAAUAAACAUUACAGUCGAGGAGGAGACAUCGUCAAUGAUACUCCAACAGAGUUCUAUUCCACUUAAAUGUCGUAUUUCAUUGACAUCACGUGAAUUCAGAGAAGAUGCUGCUGGAGACGCAACGCCAGCCCCACCCCCUGGAGAUGCCCUAAACAAAGAGGCUUGCCUCAAAGCACUGGCUCAACUGCGCCACGCUAAGUGGUUCCAGGCUAGGUGCAUCUAUCUGCAAUCGUGUCAGGUUACGUUACGAAUCUUGCGUGACAUUCGAGCGAGGAUCGAAUCAUGGAGGCCUCUUGAUGAUUGGAUGUGCGAGCUUCUUGUAGAGAAAGUUUUGUCCUCGUGUUUGGCCCCGCUAUCUGUGGGAGAUGCUCUUCGUCGGUUUUUUGAAGCUGUAGCAAGUGGAGUCCUACUUAAAACUGGCCCUGGCCUUGCUGAUCCAUGUGAAAAGGAGUCGGUUGAUGUGCUAGCGCCGCUUUCUGGUCAGGAGAGAGAAGCGAUUACGGCCAGUGCACAACAUGCGCUGCGAUUAAUCGCCUUCAACCAAAUUUAUAAGGUGUUAUGUCUGGACCGUCUACCGGAUGUUCGCCCUCCUCUUACCGACCGCAAGCGACCAAUGGACACUUCAAAUGCCUCAGAUGAGAUUAAAAAGGACAAAAAGGAAGGAGAAGAUGGACACAAAACUGAGGAGGAAAAUUCCGCUGUUGCUGUUAAAAUGGAAAAGAUGGAAGUGUGA